AUGAGCGUUAAUUCAUUCGAAAUUUUACCUAACGAUAUUCUUUAUGAAAUUUUUGUUUAUUUGUCUCCAAUUGAUAUUCUUCAAUCAUUGUUUUUAUUGACUAAACGUUUAUCAAGAAUUAUAGCAAAUGAAUAUUUAUGGAACAUUCAUAUUGGUGAUACAACAAUGUCAUUAUUGAUGUUUAAUGAUCAAUGUCAAAAUAUCUUAAAAUUAAUAGGUGAUCGGGUUGUCUCAUUACGUCUAACAUUAAUUGAUAUUAUUGGUGGAUGGUCACUUGUUUCAUCUUGUCUUCAGUAUCAUCAGAUAUCAUUACUUCAACGUUUACAUCUGAUUGGCAUCGAACCACAUGAAUUUGAUAAAUUAUUGCGUAAUCACGUAAUAAGACACGUACAUACUUUAUUAGUUGAUGUGACACCAUCUAGUUCGUUUAAAUUUCUUCAAGUUGAAGGAGUUUAUUUAGCUAAGAAUGUUAAUCAAAUAGAAAAUGAUUCAUUAGAAUAUCAAAUAACUUUACCGAAUUUAUUAAAUACAAAGCAUCUUCGUACAUUGACUAUUGGUAUACAUACAUCAUAUUUUCUCGAGCGUUUACUAUUGUGUAUACCAUUCAUUGAGAAUCUUUCUUUCGGUGUAAAUGAUCGAGAUAGUGAUGAGUAUGAUACACAUGAUACAAUCUUAUUGCCUACUAGUAUUGAUACUCAUCAUCUUCGAUAUCUAUCUCGUCUACGUAUUAAUUGUAUGAAUAGCAUAAGUUUUCAUCGAAUUAUUGCACUUUUAUCAUCUGUCUUCGGUCAACUUUGUCGUUUGUCAUUAACAUUAGCAGCAUUUACAUCAAUAUCUGAUCCAUUGAUUAUAUCAGGUGACAUUAUUCAACAAUUGUGUAUUGAUCGUCUCCAACCAACGGCAACUUAUAUUCUUAAUCUAUUAUUAUACGUUUUGGAUGACAUUGAAGAAAAAAUAAUUUUCAAUUCAUUUUUUAAAGUUCCAUUUAUUCAUCGACAGCUACCGAGAGUGUUCAUUCAAGAACUUGAUGAUCGAGAUUUCGGUUCUAUAUAUCAUUCUUUUAGGAUAUAUACUUUACCAUAUAAUGACACAAUUCUUUCAUCAUACAUGUUCUCUAAAAAUCUUGAAAAGUCUUGUCAAAUGCCGAUUAAUCCAUUAAAUCUAUUUCCACGCGCUCAUACAUUAUCUCUACGUGGUUAUAAGAGGAACAAUUCUGUUCGAGAACUCGGUAACUGUAGAAGUUCUAUAUCAUCAUUGGUUCCAUGGUCAUCUAUAACAAAUAUUUCAAUCAAUCAUAGUAAUGUUCUUACUCCAACCACAUUAGAAUCAAUAUUACGAAUGGCUUAUAAUGUACACACACUAGAUUUGUUUGAUCAUAGAGGAAUUUUACUUCGUCCAAUAUUAAAUAAUUAUAAUCUCACAACUCUUAUCAAUCAACAAAUAAAAUCAUUUGAAAUCUUCGAUAUAUCAUUGACAUUGCAAAAUGCUCAACGAAUUUGUACAUUAUUGUCGAAUCGAUUAUCUAACUUAAAGAAACUUUCAUUUUCUAUUUGUGAUGGAUAUGAUCGAUGGCGAUGGCAACCAUCUUGUAUUGUUGAUGGGAAAAACAAAUCUAUAAAACGUAUUGUUACUCUUAUUUAUCUGCUUGUUGAUCAAUUACAAAAACUUGUUUCGCUACGUAUCACCUUUUCCAAUUCGAGAUACUCUGAUACACCUUGUUUUCCACAUUUAAUUCGACGCCAAUUGCAUCAUUAUCCACUUAAUCAACCAUUUCGAUUACGAGUUACUUCCAAUAAAAUUCAUAUUUGGCUUUAA